GGCGGGCGCGGGGCGCUGGGCGCGGAGCGGCUCCGCCAUGGAGCAGGCCCCGGGGCAGGCCCCGGAGCCCCGCGGAGCCCAGGCCGAGGACGGGCGGCUCCGGGCCGGGGCCAAGCGCGUCACGUUCCCGUCGGACGAGGACAUCGUGUCCGGGGCCGUGGAGCCCAAGGACCCCUGGAGGCACGCCCAGAACGUGACGGUGGAGGAAAUCCUGAGUGCCUACAAGCAGGCCUGCCAGAAGCUCAACUGCAAGCAGAUCCCCAAGCUCCUGAAGCAGAUCCAGGAGUUCAAGGAGCUGGCUCCCAGGAUAGACUGCUUGGAUCUCAAAGGGGAGAAGCUGGAUUACAAGGCCUGCGAGGCGCUGGAGGAGAUCUUCAAGCGGGUCCAGUUCAAGAUCGUGGACCUGGAGCAGACGAGCCUGGAUGAGGACGGAGCCUCGGCGCUGUUUGACAUGAUCGAGUACUACGAGUCGGCCACGCACCUCAACAUCUCCUUCAACAAGCACAUCGGCACCCGCGGCUGGCAGGCGGCCGCGCACAUGAUGCGGAAGACCAACUGCCUGCAGUACCUGGAUGCCCGGAACACGCCGCUCCUGGACCACGCGGCCCCGUUCGUGGCGCGGGCGCUGCGCAUCAGCAGCAGCCUCGUGGUGCUGCACCUGGAGAACGCGUCCCUGUCCGGCCGCCCGCUGCUGCUGCUGGCCACGGCGCUGAAGAUGAACAUGAACCUCCGGGAGCUCUACCUGGCCGACAACAAGCUCAACGGGCUGCAGGACUCGGCCCAGCUGGGCAACCUGCUCAAGUUCAACUGCUCCAUCCACAUCCUGGACCUGCGCAACAACCACAUCCUGGACUCGGGCCUGGCCUACAUCUGCGAGGGGCUGAAGGAGCAGCGGAAGGGCUUGCUCACCCUGGUGCUGUGGAACAACCAGCUGACCCACGCCGGCAUGGCCUACCUGGGAAUGACGCUGCCUCACACGCAGAGCUUGGAGACCCUCAACCUGGGCCACAAUCCCAUCGGGAACGAAGGCGUCCGCAACCUAAAGAACGGGCUCAUCGGGAACCGCUCCGUGCUCCGCCUCGGCCUGGCCUCCACCAAGCUCACGUGUGAAGGAGCCGUGGCCGUGGCCGAGUUCAUCGCCGAGAGCCCCCGGCUGCUCCGCCUGGACCUGCGGGAGAACGACGUCAAGACCGGGGGCCUCAUGGCCCUGUCCCUGGCCCUCAAGGUCAACCACUCCCUGCUGCGCCUCGACCUGGACCGCGAGCCCAAGAAGGAGGCGGUGAAGAGCUUCAUUGAGACGCAGAAGGCUCUGCUGGGAGAGAUCCAGAACGGCUGCAAGCGCAACUUCAUCCUGGCCAAGGAGAAGGAGGAGCAGGAGCAGAAGCUGCAGCAAUCGGCUUCCAUGGCCGAGAUCCCGGCCGAGGCUCUGGAAGCGGCUCCGGCCGAGCCCAUCCCGGAUGGAAGCCCCGGAUCCACACGGGAUGAGGGGCAGGAAGCGAUGGCGGCCGAGAACGGGGACACGGAGCCGGCGGAGGGGGAUGAGGGGACGGACUCGGACACGGCCACGGAUGAGGAUGAGGAUGAGGCCGCUGCUCCCUCGGGGAGGAAGGAGCUCCCUGACCCCACCGGCGGUGUCCUCGUGUCGCGCCCGAGCAUCCCUGGGGAUGCUCCCUCCGGCCCCGGGAACGCCGCGGCUCCCGCUCCAUCCCAUGGAGCCGAGAGGAGGAUUUCGGUGUCGAGCCCAGGCCGGGGCCACAAGGUCUUUGUGGUGACGCGCGUGGAGCCGGGCCCGGAGCGGGAUGAGGACGCUGAUCCCAGCGGGAAUACCGAGCCCCAGCCCUGCUCCAAUGGAGCCGUCGCCGAGGCUCCCGCUGGAGCCGAGGCGCUUCCAAACGGGCUGAAGGUGGAUUUUGCACGGGCGCUUCCGGAGGCGGCCUCGGAAAACGAUGGGAAACUGGGAAUGGGAGCAGAGCACGAGUUGAGCUGCUCCAAGAACGCGCAGGAGCUGGAGGAGCUGCUCCUCGAGGCCAGCCAGGACACGGGGCAGAGCUGCCUGAGCACCCCCAAAGUGGGGAACCCCUCUUUUUGA